CAUUUUUGCAACAAGUCUUUGAUGUUGUAGAUAUCAUUAUAUGCCAUACUCCAAGUUCAACGAGAUACACAAUAGCUGUUAUGUACAGCUAUACAUCUGAUCAGCUCCAAAUCAAUUGUUCCAAUCAAACUUCAGUAAAACAAUAGAGUUAACGUUUCAAAAUAUUGCAGUUCUACAGUUUACACCCCUGGUUGAAUUGGGGAAAAAAUUUGAUUAUAUGUCAAGAGAAGAUGUUUUAAUAUUUGACUGAUCUGUAUCUCUAGUGAUCUACAAUUGUAGACUGUGACACAAGAUUUGUAUAGGUAUAGACUGUGUCCCACUAAAACAAAAAUUCACCAAUGAUAAAUGUGUUUGCAGACAAAAUCUUUGAAGUGACUCUACAAUAAUGAUUUUUUUUUCAUCAUGGAUUUGUGAAAUAUUUCAUACAUACAAUUAACAAACUGAUUAGUUUCUGAACGCAAAUUUCAAACUUGUUUAAAUAAAUAAAAAGUGAAAUCAAUGUUCAGGCUAAAUCUGAUUGAAAAUAUUCUAAAACAACGGAAAAAGUAUUGAUUAAAGCAAAAGUUUAUCAACAUUUGUUGAAAUAAAUGGAAAAGGAAAAGCUGAAAAAGACAAAAAGGAAUGGUACAGACUUGGAGUUCAUUCUUGCUAUUGUUGAUUAUAAAUGUUUUACUUUAAUUUUAGAGACAUUCUAUAUGUAAAAUGCAUCAGCAAGAUCAUAAGAGUUAAUCGAUAAAGGGUAAAGAAUAAAGCAAUUUAGCUGAAAAAAGGAAGUAAAGGGACAAAAUUUCAAGUAAGCCCUAAAAAAAACAAGUUCAAAUUGAAGGAAAAUUUAAAGAAAACGAGGAGAAAACAAGUUUCAAUUAAAGGAUUAUUUCAUUGACAUUAGGAAAACAAAUUAAAAAAAGAUUAAAGGACAAUUUCUAAAAGCAAGUUUUAGUUAAAAUACAAUUUCAAGAAAAUCAGGAGAAAGCAAGUUUUGAUUAAAGGACAAAUAAAUGGAAAUCUGGAGCAAGCAAGUUUUAAUAAAAGAUUUUUUUUAAGGAAUUUCAAUUACUUCUAAAGGAUUGAGUCUAGAUUCAAGAAAAAAUGCAAAAAAUGAAAGAAAGUCUGGAGCAAAGGACAAAAUGCAGAGAAAGCAUUGUAAAUAAAAUUACACAAUAAAUCAAAGUUACGUCAAAAUUAUUUGAAAAAGGAAUGCUACAAGGCAUCUUUAAAAGAAGAUUUUAAUCAUUCUUGAAAAUAUUUCAUAUGAUUAACCAGACAUAAAGGUUUCUACUCACAUAAAACAGCAUUUUCAAACAAAUUUAUUUAAACAAAAGAUUGAAUUUAAGGAAAAGUAACUAACAUAUAUAAGUUUGUUUAAAAUGAAUGAUAUACAGAAGAAAGUGUUGAGAAAUCAUCAUGGUGACAUACUAAAGAAUCUGGUAUUAGAUCAGGAUAUGCUGGGAUACCUGCUACACAAAGAUAUCCUUACAGAAGCUUCAGUCCAGACUAUUCAGGCAAAAUCCAGUCAACAUGAGAAGAUAACUGAGUUACUACUGUUGCUGCCUAAACGUGGGUCAAAAGCUUUCCCAAUCUUCUUAGAGGGUGUCAAAAAAUAUUCUCCCUUCCUGGGCGACAAACUUGAAAUGAACUAUGAAAAAGGUAAGAAACAAUAGUUUUAAUCUAAAAAUGUUUGUAAAUGUUUAUAUUAUGUACAUUGUAUAUUUGAUAGAGACUCAU